CGUCUGAGGUCUUUCAGUUUUUAAAGCGUAACGGGGGCAACGCGCCCUCUGGGAAGUGUAGUUCCUCGGGGAGCGACCACCACCACCAGCACUACCUCUGAGGCCUAGCUGCUGAAAUAAGGCGAGCGAACUGAACUGGUAGCGCUCGAAUAACCGGCCACCCGGAAGAGUAACCUGGCUCGGGGCGGCCCUGGAGACGCGCCUGGCUUCGGGGUCGGGCGCUAAUGUGGCUCACGUUCUAGGCCUCACCGGGUUGGAAAGAGGCUGUUUUAGCAAGUGUCACACCAUGCUUUUGCCAAGUUUCCAAUUAAAGAUUGACAUUCCUGCAUGAACAUUUCCCUGUUAAAAUGUCCUUGCCUCUUACAGAGGAGCAGAGGAAAAAAAUUGAAGAGAAUCGGCAAAAGGCUUUGGCCCGUAGAGCUGAGAAAUUAUUAGCAGGACAGCAUCAGAACACAGUCUCGGGCUCCUCCAUUGCUGCCAAACCUUCCCAGUCCAAGCAGGGCCCUUCCACACACCUCCACCAGGAUCCUUCUAAGUCAGGGAGCCAUGGUGUCGUUUUCAAGCAACAGAAUCCCAGGAGUUCAUCUGAUGGUGAUCAGAGACCUCAAAAUUCCCACAGUUUUCAACUCAGCACCUCAGAGCAGGCAAAGGGGACAUGGCAGAGGCAAGAAGAGAUGCCCACAGCCUGCCCGAGCCACCGCCCACCAAAUCAAGUGACUCUCGCUGGGAUCUCCCCUCCCUUGGCAAACAGUCCUCCAGUGGUCUCCAGUGAGCAGCUCUGGGUUUAUGGGUUAGAGCAAGGUCAGAUUCAGGCUUCACGCAAGACCAAAUCGACACCCUUUGUUAACACAACUCAUGAGCCUUUGGCCAGAGCAAAGAAUUUCCAGGAGAUGACAGCUUCUUCCUCUGGACAGCCUCCCAGGGAUCCUGAAUUAGAGGCCAGGAUGGCAAGACCCUCCACCUCUGGGCAGAACGUUUCAGGGAGUGUGAUGCCCAGGCCAGAAGAAAGACUACAACAGAAAUCAGGGACCCCACUCCACAAAGCAGCAGGCUCCCAGCAGGGAACAUGCAUAAAAAUCGGUGAUCGUUUCCAGGUGAAGAUUGGGUACAAUGAAGAGCUCAUUGCAGUGUUUAAGAGUCUGCCCAGCAGACGUUACGAUCCUGCCACCAAGACGUGGAACUUCAGCAUGACCGACUACGGUGCCCUGAUGAAAGCAGCCCAGCACCUCCAGGCUGUCACCCUGCAGCCUUUGGAAGGGGCCGAGGGCCACGUGGAGUCACCCUCUAUCAGCAGCAGCAGCAGAAUCGCAGCCCAGACCUGCCUUCCUGUAGCUCCCUCCCUUGCCUUUGUCAAAGGGCAGUGCAUACUCAUCUCCCGGGCCCGCUUUGAGGCAGACAUCAGCUAUUCAGAAGACCUGAUUGCGCUGUUUAAACAGAUGGAUUCCAGAAAAUACGAUGUCAAGACCAGGAAGUGGAACUUUCUCCUGGAAGAGUACAGUAAACUAAUGGAAAGGGUGCGCUGCCUUCCACAAGUUCAGCUGGAUCCUCUGCCCAAGACCCUCACCCUGGCUUUCGCCGCUCAGCUCCAGAAGACGUCUCUGUGUCCCGUGGCAGACAUCCCCGAGGCAGACCUGUCCAAAGUGGAUUCCAAGCUGGUGUCGAGCCUGCUGCCCUUUCAGAGAGCUGGAGUCAAUUUUGCCAUAGCGAAAAGAGGCCGCCUGCUGCUUGCUGAUGACAUGGGCCUGGGGAAGACCAUCCAAGCCAUCUGCAUAGCCGCCUAUUACCGGAAGGAGUGGCCGCUCCUGGUGGUGGUACCGUCCUCUGUGCGCUUCACCUGGGAGCAGGCCUUUCGUCAGUGGCUGCCGUCUCUGAGCCCAGACCACAUCAACGUCGUGGUGACUGGGAAGGACCGCCUGACAGCUGGCUUGGUCAACAUUGUCAGUUUCGAUCUUCUGAGCAAGUUAGAAAAGCAGCUAAAACCCCCUUUUAGAGUUGUCAUCAUUGAUGAAUCUCACUUCCUCAAAAACAUUAAGACUGCCCGCUGUCGUGCAGCUGUGCCCCUCCUCAAGGUUGCCAAGAGGGUGAUCUUACUGUCGGGCACCCCAGCCAUGUCCCGGCCGGCAGAGCUCUACACGCAGAUCCUCGCCGUCAGGCCGACCUUCUUCCCUCAGUUCCAUGCCUUUGGACUUCGCUACUGUGGUGCCAAGCGGCUGCCCUGGGGAUGGGAUUAUUCAGGCUCCUCCAACCUGGGGGAGCUGAAGCUCCUGCUGGAGGAGACGGUCAUGCUGCGACGCCUCAAGGGCGACGUCCUCUGCCAGCUCCCAGCCAAACAGCGCAAGAUGGUGGUGGUCGCCCCAGGCCGGAUCAGCGCCAGGACCAGAGCUGCCCUGGAUGCCGCGGCCAAGGAGAUGACCACCAAGGAGAGCACUAAACAGCAGCAGAAAGAAGCCCUUAUUCUCUUCUUCAACAGAACAGCUGAAGCUAAAAUCCCAUCUGUCAUUGAAUAUAUCCUGGACCUACUGGAAAGUGGAAGAGAGAAGUUUCUAGUGUUUGCACACCAUAAGGUGGUUUUGGAUGCAGUUACUAAUGAGCUUGAGAGGAAGCGUGUGAAGCACAUCCGCAUCGAUGGCUCCACCUCCUCGGCCGACCGUGAGGACCUGUGCCAGCAGUUCCAGCUGUCGGAGGGGCCCGCCGUGGCCGUGCUGUCCAUCACCGCCGCCAACAUGGGCCUCACCUUCUCCUCGGCUGACCUGGUGGUGUUUGCGGAGCUGUUUUGGAACCCAGGGAUGACAGACCGUUUGUGGACAGAGGCUUGCAGGCCCCCUGCCGCGUGACACGCAGUGAGGAGGAAGGGUUGUGGUGAGGCUCCGGGGCAAGAGGCCACCUGCUGUGGUGGGCUGAGCAGCUUCCAGCCUUGACCGACAUGCGUCCCGAUCCCCGCCCCGCAGGUGCUGAUGCAGGCUGAGGACCGGGUGCACCGCAUCGGGCAGUCGAGCUCUGUGGGCAUCCACUACCUGGUGGCAAGAGGCACGGCUGAUGACUACCUUUGGUGAGGCCCCUGGCUGGCCCGGCAGUUGGGUCGACACCGAUGACGUAUUUCCUUUGCUCCCUAAGAGCCUCUGCUUUGGGGCAGGUUUCCAGGGAUCCACACAGAAGACCUGCUAGUAGUGCGCUCCCCCUUUCCUCAUGACCCUGUUUGACCUCCUGCAUAGUGUUAACUGGUGGCUGCAGGAGGCAUGAGGAAAUCCUGUAGGAAUAAGGGGAUGUGGCUCCUUCCCACUGACCUGAGACAAGGGAGGAGAACUUAUUGGGAUGCAAUGUAGGUGGAAUUUUGUUUGUAAUACACUCUGUUCCCAGACGUGAAGGUGUUUGCUGAGUCAGGGAGACUGCCCCCCUGGCCCCUUGGGAGGUGUGCUGGUUCCGUAAGGCCACGUCUUACAGUGCUGCUGCUGGGCCGUGUAGUGCUUCCUUAGCAGAGAUGGGGUCAGAUUUUUAACUCUGGGGUUUCAUGUCCAUCACUUAGGCCAAAACUCCCCAAAUGCUCCCUCCCCAGUUCCAUUUCCUCCUUCCUCAUAUUGUUUCUUGAUUAUCUUAUUAGUUUCCACUACCUAUCUCUGUUUCCAGCAUUAUGACUAAGGCAUCUUACCUUUAUUUUGCGUGUGGGUUGCCCCUACUUCCCUUUCUGUUAAUGGAUUUGUUAACUGAGCAGCUCAUAACAGUGCCAGGUUCAAAUUUUUGUUGCAGUAGCAUUUAUUUCCUACACAUCUUCCAGUAGAAAGAAUUUUGAGCCUGACGAUGUGAGCCCUGAGUUGGUUGGUUUACAAUAGAGAGGAGGUCAGUAUUUCAGGAUGGGCGUUUGUGCCUGAAGAGAUGGAGAGAUGUGAAACAGUGAGCGUGUCUCAUAAGGACAGGGGCUGGUCUCGCUAUAAUCAGUCUGCUGGUUCUGUGCAGGUUGUUUCCACUGCAGCUCAUUUCUCCCCAACAGGCCCCUGAUUCAAGAGAAGAUUAAAGUUCUGGGUGAAGCCGGGCUUUCUGAGACCAAUUUUUCAGAAAUGACAGAAGCUGCAGAUUAUUUCUACAAG